AUAUUAAGAUCAAUGAUGAUGUUUUUUUUUCUGUUUGUUUGGAUAGGUUGGGCCAUUGCGGCGGAAGAACGAGAUUGGAAGUACAGGCUUUCGGUUUACUACGCGAAGCCGCAGGAUUCCGGGACGUUCACGUGCGCCACUCCGAGAGGCAUCACUAAUAGCCUCGUCCUGCAUGUGGCAGCCGUGCAUUGCGAACCAAUUUCCGUGUCCGGAAUGCAUCUCACCGUCCGCAUCGAGGGCACCCGAUUGGGUCACACGGCCCUCUUCCAGUGUCCGGUGGGCUUCCGGGUCAACGGGACCGCCAAUCUGACGUGCCAGGCUUCCGGUAAAUGGUCUUCGCGCGUUCCCACCUGCGAGCCGGUGCUGUGUCCUUCGUUGGAUGGUCCUCUGCCCGAGCCGCACUUGAUGCUGGAGGAGCACAACUCGACGUACGGUGGUCGAGCCGUCUUCAGCUGCGCCUGGGGCUACAAACUGCAAGGACCUCCUGGAGUCGAGUGUGAAUUGAACGGCAAUUGGUCUGGACCUCUUCCGAAAUGCGUUCCAAUCCAAUGUCCACCGCCAAUAAUCCCAUUCAAUGGGCACCUAAUCCACUCUGAAUCGGCGGGAAUGGAUGGCGGAAGGUACGCCGUGGGAAGUCUGGUACAAUUCGCUUGCCGAGGAUCGCACAUGCUGGAGGGAGAGGCGAGCAUCAUCUGCACCGAAACAGGCUACUGGUCGCAUCCUCCGCCCUUCUGUAAAACGAGGUGUCCUUACAUGGGAGAACCUGAGAACGGCGCAAUGGUACCUACGAAAUUCGCGUACGAACCAGGGGACGAGCUGCAGGUCACCUGCAAUCCCGGAUUCGAAUCGCCUCUCGGUGCUCGACCCAAAUGCCAGCAGGAUGGAAGCUGGACCAUCCCGUUACCGCAUUGCACAAACUAUUCGCAGAUCUAAGAGGAAAUACAUAUAAAGUCACAACAUUUUUGUCUAAGGAACGAAACAAAGAAAACAUAUACUUCGAAACAUUUGUAAAUUAUAUAUAUAAAUAUUAUGAAAAAGAAGAAAUGAUUAUAUUUAUGGAACAAAAAUAAAUCCAAUACGCGAUAUUUGUUGUAACGAAACAAG